AGAGCGCGCCAGGUGGGCGGAGCUGCUCUCCAAGGACUUGAACACUUUUUGCCCGGCGCCCGCCGUCUUUGCUUCAGUCACGGCUCCUUCUUGGAAACAAUGGGUGAUGCGAGGCGACUUCUGGGCUGCCUGGCUUUGCUGAGCCUCCUCGGCUUAAACAUAUUUGAAAAUUGCUGUGAAGCAUAUAAUAUUGGCCUUGAAGGAGCUAAAGUGUUUUCUGGUUCCCGAAAUGAACAAUUUGGAUAUUUAGUUCAACAGAUUGCAAACCAAGAAGGCAAAUGGUUGCUUGUUUCUUCACCCUGGAGUGAAAAUAGAAUGGGAGAUAUCUAUAAAUGUGCUGUUCGUCAACAGGGAUCCAAAUGUUCCAAGAUGGACCUACAGACUGUUACAAGCAUACCAAAUGUUAAUGAGGUAAAGAAGGACAUGAAUCUAGGGUUAACUCUCGUAAGAAAUCCAAGAACUGGAGGCUUUUUGGCAUGUGGUCCUUUGUGGGCUCAACAGUGUGGAAGCCAGUACUAUGCAACAGGAAUCUGUUCUGAAUUCGGUCCCAGUUUUCAGAUCCUGAGAAGUUUUUCACCUGCAGUGCAAAACUGUUCUUCAGCCGUUGAUUUGGUGAUCAUAUGUGAUGAGUCAAACAGUAUUUAUCCAUGGGAUGCUGUGAAAGAAUUUUUGAAAAAAUUCGUUCAAGGUUUAGAUAUAGGGCCAACCAAAACACAGGUAGGCUUAAUUCAGUAUGGCACUUACCCAAGAGUUGUUUUUGACCUUAAUACCUACAUUGACAAAAAAGAAGUUGAACAUGCAAUGUCAAAAACCUUUCAAGAUGGAGGGAUUCAAACUAAUACAUUCGAAGCCAUUGAGUAUGCAAGGCAACAUGCUUUCUCAAAAGAAGCAGGUGGGCGACCAACAGCCUCCAAAGUCAUGGUGGUUGUUACAGAUGGUGAAUCGCACGAUGGCUCAAAGUUGCAAGAAGUAAUAGCAAAAUGCAAUGCGGAUAAUAUCACAAGGUUUGGCAUAGCUGUAUUAGGAUAUUUAAUUAGAAAUGACAAGGAUACUAAAAAUCUGAUCGAAGAAAUCAAAGCAAUUGCUAGCCAGCCUACAUCAAAUUUUUUUUUUAAUGUGUCCUCUGAGCAAGCGCUUUUAGAAAAAGCAGGAACACUGGGGGAACGAAUUUUCAGCUUAGAAGGUACUGAUCAAGGUGAUUUAUUCCAGAUGGAAAUGUCACAAGUGGGUUUCAGUGCUGCUUAUUCACAUCAAAGGGACGUGCUGAUGUUGGGUGCUGUUGGGGCCUAUGAAUGGACUGGAACAGUGGUCCAGAAGAGAGGACGAAAAGACACUAUAUAUCCCAAUACAACAUUCCAAAAUGUUUUGCAAAACAGUCGGAACUCCUACUUAGGUUAUUCUCUUGCUGUUCUUUCCAUGGGAAACUCAGUCUAUUAUGUUGCUGGUGCUCCCCGUUCUAAUUACACUGGCAGAGUUGUGGUUUAUCAGGUUGAUGACUCUGGCAAGAUAAUCGUCAUUGACUCUCAAAGAGGAGAGCAGAUUGGCUCUUAUUUUGGCAGUGUGGUGUGCUCUGUUGAUAUCAAUAGAGACUCCAUAACAGAUGUGUUGUUGGUUGGGGCACCCAUGUUUAUGAAUAAUUUUAAAAAAGAAGAAGGAAGAGUCUACAUGUUCACGGUCACAAAGGGAAUUUUGGACAAACGAGAAGUACUGGAAGGUCCUGAAGGACUGGAAAAUGCUCAGUAUGGAUCUGCUAUCACUGCUGUUUCUGAUAUUGAUUUGGAUGGCUUUAAUGAUGUGGUAGUUGGAGCACCAUUAGAAAACGAGAAUACUGGUGCUAUAUACGUUUACAAUGGCAAACAAAAGACGUUGCACACUAAGUAUUCCCAGAAAAUUUCUGGAUCGAACCCUGCAUUUGCUCAGAAACUCCAAUAUUUUGGAAGAUCAAUAGAUGGCCAUAUUGAUUUAAAUGAUGAUGGAAUUACUGAUGUAUCUGUGGGUGCCAAUGGAAAUGUAAUUCAGCUCUGGUCACAGAGUAUAGCCAAUGUGACUGUACAUGUUUUAUCUACUCCUACGAAGAUUAGUCUGCAGUACAAGAACACAGAAAUAGAUUUAAAUGUAUGUUUUGGUGUAACUUUUAGACCUAUCCAUACGAAUGAUAAAGUGGAUAUUAGGUACAAUCUAACAUUGGAUGCGGAUCUCUUAUCUUCACGCAUUACCUCUAGAGGAUUAUUUAAAGAAAACAAUGAGAGGUCUCUGCAGGGUAGCAUCGUAGUCCACUCUCUGAAGACGUGUGUGAAUCACAUUUUUAAUGUGCAGGCCCCUUCCGAUGCUAUUGACUCCCUUAACGUGCUCAUUGAUAUUGGGCUCAAGAACCCCAACUCAAGCCCUGUUCUUGAUAAAACAUCUCCUACCCGUCUUGUUUACAGCAUACCAUUUGUCAAAGAUUGCGGUGAAGAUGAAGUUUGCAAGACAGAUCUCAUUCUGGAAGUUGAACAGAAGAAUAUUGGGAACAACAAACAGUAUUUUCUUGUCACCAGUAAAAACAAAAGACUGACAUUUGGUGUGAAGUUGAAAAACAUGAAUGAAAAUUCAUACAACACUAGAAUUCAAGUGGAUUUUUCUGAAAACUUGUUUUUUGCUUCAUCUGUUUCAGCGGUGGAUGAAAGCGAAGUUUUAUGUCAGAUGGCAGUUGUCCAUCAUCUUGUUGUCUGCCAAAUCAGCUAUCCUGUUUUUAAAGCAAGGCAAGAGGUAUCCUUUGAUAUUAAUUUUGACUUCAGUUUGAAAAAACUUCAGAAUGUGGCAGUAUUACAUUUUCAAGCCUUGAGUGCAAGUAAUGAAGAAGAUUAUACAAACAAUCAGGUGAACCUAACACUUCCACUUCGUUAUGAUGCAGAACUUCACUUAAUGAGGUUUACCAGUAUGGACUUCUAUGAAGUGUAUUCUAAUCAUAGUGUUUACACCGUGGUGAAUAAUUUUGAUGAGAUUGGACCUGCAUUUAAUUUUUCAGUUAAGGUCACAAGAGGAAGUAAUCCAAUCAAUAUGGCAACUUUAAAAAUUCAUAUCCCUAAUCAAACUAAGGAAAAUAACCCUUUGAUGUAUGUGACUGCAGUGCAAACCAGUCAGGGCAGCGACAUCAACUGCCACGGACUCAUCAAUCCACAUAAAAUUGGGUCACAAAGCUAUGCUGCAUCAUUUCAGAAAGAAAACUUCAAAGAUUUGAAAGAAUUGAACUGCAAGAACGUUCGAUGUAAUACGAUCACGUGCAUGUUAAAAGAUAUAUCCCUGAAACCUGAAAAUUAUGUUAAUAUUUCGACUAGAAUCUGGAAUGGAACAUUUGCAACUUCAGCCUUCCAGAAAAUAGAAUUAUCUGCAAGCGCCGAAAUUGACACCCAAGAUUCCGAGUUGUUUAUAACAGGAGAAAGCACUUUAUCUAUUCCAAUUACAAUAAUCAAAUCUGAUGAGAAAGCAGAAAUACCCAUUGGAAUUAUAAUAGCAAGUGUCCUUAUCGGUCUUCUCUUGCUAAUCAUUCUUAUUGCUGUUUUAUGGAAACUUGGUUUCUUCAAGAGAAAAUACAAGAAAAUGGGAACAGAUUUGGAAGAUAUGGAUGAGAUUACGGGACUUACUAAAGACAGAGAAUAAACAGAGCAGAAAUAUUCCCGAAUGUAUAAAUCUUGAGCCACAAACAGUGUUUCCAAUCCACACUGUUUAAUUUCUACGAGUGCCUUAUUAAAAGGUUUUACGUUUUUUAUAAGUGAAAAUAUUAUACAUAUAACUGCUGGUCGGUUUGGGCUUUUGUUUACAGUUGUAUAAAGAUUUUGUUUUUAUAUUUUGUACUGUUAAUAAUGGAUCCUCUAAAUUGGCAGGGCCAGAACUAAUGCUGAAAUCUAUCAGGAAUACUGCUUUGUAUCCUUGAUAAGGGUACAUGUGGAAUAGUUUGUCUUUAUUUACCAGUAUAACAGGACCUGUUAUUUUCAUCCUGUCCUUGAACAGUGCUAGCUCCUCACAAUCGGUAUCUGGAUUCAGAUAUUACAUUAAACCAUAAAUUGGUUGGUUUACUUGUGACUAAAUAUGACAUGUGAACAGGAACAUUGUAGCUUAGCACAGAAUUGCUCAAGAGUAUACAACUAUUUGUAUCUUAUUGUGGCACCAAAGAAAGGAUAGCACUUAUUAGUUUAGGCAUUGUCUAAAAAAGCUGGAGAUGUGAUUGCGAAGAUUGCUGUGUUAGAGCAAUAUUGUAUGUCAUGUUAAGAGCAUGACAUGGCCUAGUACUGGUUGCGUACCCAAACUGUAACAAUAAACUGUACAUUAAGAAUAGACAUUCUAAAAUCAUGUAGAAACAUUCAUGAAUCAUUCAUUCUGAUUGAUUUUUAUUAUACUGGUUAACCUUUGUUAAUUAUUGAAUACUGAUUUUAUUUUAAGUGCUAUAUUGAUUUAAGGACAUCCACAUGCAAUACUAAUCAAACGUCACUUUGAAAUUUUUAAUUCAGUUUUAUACAACAUGUAAAGCUCUUAUGCCUUUUUAGCUCUUUUUUCUAGGUGGUGCUUCAAGAGCUUAUUUCAAAUAAGCAAAUAAACAAUAAAAGGAAACUCGAUUUCAUUUCAGGGUUUUAAGGAGCAGUCAGGUUUUCUGAAGCAGUAAAUGUUAUAAUUUAGAUACCAGCUUCCAGAACCCUCAAUGUAUACUAGCCAAAAAACAAAACAAAACCAGAGUUUAUGUCUCCAUCACAAAACUGUUAAAGAUUUAAUUAGAUUUAAGGACAUUUAUGAACCAAAUGAAAUGGAGAACAGAUUGGCUGGCCUUAUUUUACAAUUCUUGGUGUAAAACAGUAUUUGUAAAGGACUAAGGUACUAAUUUCUGAACAUUCUGUCUUCCAAUAAUUUGUGUUUUAUUCCAGGAGACAUGGAUUAACCAUUCCAUAAAACUAGUAGCAACUACAGUUGCUACUACCGUACAAUUCCUCCCUUAGCAACUACAAUUGAGACUGGCAACUUGGUUGUUAAGCAGAGUGGUUACCAAGUUAAAAAUUACAUGACCAUGACUGUGCUUUUGAUUGAGAGAGAGAGAGAGUGAGUAUCACAAAUGUGAUGUUUGGUGUAAAGUUAUGUUUCCAGCAAGGUCAUAACUGCAAACAGUAGCUGCUUGAGGAAGUUGCUAAGCAAGGACUACUAGUAAUUUUCUAGAUCUUUUCAGAAUUAAAAAAAAAAUGUUUAAUUUUUAAAAAAAACAAUUCAGUAUUAAUUUAUCACUUAAUUUAUCCCUUAAUUAAUUUAUGUUUCACCAAUUGUUCUUUUCAUUACACUUUUCAAGAUGGCAAAUCUGUGGGUUUUUUUUUUAAAAAUGUGUUUUUUAUAAGAUUCCAAAGAGCAUUACUUUAAUGGGAUUUGAAGCAUAUUAAGCUUUCAGAACAGAAAUAGCUGGAUUUUUUUUAUUAGAUGUUGCAGAAGCAAGAGACAAGUAUUCUUGACAACAGGAGCAAAUUGUAUGUUUAAUUUCCUCUUGCAUAUCUGGAGUGUUGUGCAAAUUCUUUCACUCUUGUUUACAAUGUUAUUUAUCCAUUAAGUUUGUUCUUGACUAUAUUGCAUGUACUUAAAAUCUUCAAACCCAUCCUUCGGAACCCAUUGCAUUAUUCUUUAAGGGGAAUAUUUUAAUUUUGGAAUUGGAAUGUUCUGAUGGGAAAUUAGGUUAUUCUGCCUAGCUGCAGCCAUUUAUACCACUGUUUCUGCAUUCUUGACUAAUAUCAGAAGCAUAUAUGCUCCUAUCACUUAUACCCUUACAGCAGUGGUGGGAUUCAAGUAAUUUAACAACCGGUUCUCUGCCCUAAAGAUUUCUUCCAACAACUAGUUUGCCAAACUGCCCAGAAAAUUAACAACCGGUUCUCCCGAAGUGGUGCGAACUGGCUGAAUCCCCUCACUGCCUUACACAGCAGUAAACUCUUAAUGACUAGAGUAAGGCAUAACUUCUGAAUGACUCAAGUCCGUAACACUGGAAGAUACAGACUUUUACCUGUAAUAUAUUACCUCUGUUGAAAUUAACUAAUAAAUUAUUAUCUUUACUUUCGUUUAACACUGAAAUACCAGGACUCUUUUUUUAAAUUUCAGUUUAUGUUUGCAUGGGGAAGAAAAACAGCUGAGUUCCCCUUCAGCCUAACAUAAUUAACUAUAAGUCUGAUUCAUCAUGUCUCUACACAUCCCAACAGCAUUAAUAUAAAUGUUCCUGAUGAAUUUUAAUUACCAUUCUGCUCCAGUCAAGCGUUUUCAUUGCUGUUGGAUAUGAUGUAGAAAAUAUUGCUUUCUGUAAGAUGAAUGGAUAUUCACGCCAGGCACAAAAAUGGUACAUGUUUUUACUCCUAGAAUCAAGUUUCCUAGGAUAAGGCAGGCAAAAAUGUAAGCAGUUUAUGUGAACCUAACUGCUAUGGUUAAUUUAAAGUUCAAGCACAUUGAUUCAAUAAAUGUUUGUGCUCUUUUAUAAUAUUGUAGAAUGUAUGUAACAAUUUUGUACUUUUCUGUAUUUUUUUAUUUUCGUUAAAAAAAAAAAAGCAAUUCAGUAAAUAGGGGUAUUGUACAGACAAAGCCUUUUAUGUAUAUUUUGCACUUUGUACCAAAACAAAUGAAUAUACUGAAGCUUGUGUUCUAAAGAGAUGAAUCCUGUGGAAUAAAUUUUGAAACCAUC